AUGCUCGCCAAGCUCCGCGCGGCGGGCGCCCACGACGUCAUCGUCCACGGGCACGACCUCGCGGCGGCGGGCGAGCACCUGCGCACGCAGCUCCUGCCCCGCGACCCGCACGGCGUGUACGUCCCGCCGUUCGACCACCCGGACAUCUGGGCGGGCAACGGCAGCGUGGUGCACGAAGUCGCGGCGCAGCUGGCCGAGCGCGGCGAGGGCCGCGCGCCGCCCGACGCCGUCGUGUGCUCCGUCGGCGGCGGGGGGCUGCUGAAUGGCGUGUGUGGCGCGUUGGAUGCGGUGGGGUGGUCGGGGGGGUGCAGCGUGUUGGCUAUGGAGACGAGGGGGACGGAUAGUUUGGCGAAGGCGUUGGAGGCGGGCGAGUUGGUGGCGUUGGAGGAGAUUGGGAGUGAGGCGAGGAGUCUGGGGGCGAGGAGGGUGAGCGAGGAGACGUUUCGGUUGGCGAGGGAGGAGUGGCGGAAUGUGAGGAGCGUGGUGUUGGAUGAUCGGGAGGCGGCCAUGGGGUGUUGGCGGUUGGCGGACGAUGAGAGGUUGAUGGUGGAGUUGGCUUGUGGAGUGAAUGUUGCGCUGUGCUACGAUGGAAGGCUGGAGAAGGCGGUGGGGAAGAAGUUGACGAAGGAGAGCAAGGUGGUCAUCGUGUUGUGUGGUGGGAACGAUGUUACGGUUGAGAAGCUGCACCAGUGGCGGAAGGAGUAUGGAGAUGUGGAGAAGGAGAUCCCGCGCAAUGCGGAUGUGCCUAGCGAGUCGACUGCGCCGGGGCGCAGGUAG